UUAUUUUAUGAAAUUCAACUUCAAAAACAAAAGUGCUCUGUGUGAAACCAGAGGCAAAUCCUCCUUAGUCCUCUCAAAGUCUGCCUGUGUUGCAGAUAAAUGAUGAUUGGAGCAGCAUCUGUUAAGAGAAUUUGUAGAAGCAAACACUGCUAAAGAUACCCAGUAGGUAAAUGGAAGUACAUUGUUAUUGCAUUUGUUUCUCUUAGGCAAUACAGAACAAGAUAUUUCAAAUUCCAGGGGGUUUUAUUUUACAUCUUUAAAAAUUUUUCAGGUGCACAGCUUCAUUAUUGCAAAAGUGCCUCCUCUAAUUGGAAAAGAGAUUAAUUCAAGUCUUAGCUUUUUUAUCAAAGGCCAGCUUCUGCAGUCUGUGGGGCAUCUCCUGUAAGGGGAGGAAUCAUUUGUCAAUACUGUAUCUCGCUUGAACAUCAAGCCCUACAGAGACUACAAGCCCAGAAGCUUUGGCUUCCUCACUGGGAGAGCCUGUAUGAAGACCUGUGUGGAUGAUGUUAUAAGAAACAGAAGGUGCAUGCAGCACAGAUGUCAGUCUUCAAGGAGUAACUUCUUCAACCCCAAGUGAUACCAGCUCCUGCUAGUACCAUGGGGCUAGGGGGUGUUUUUUUAGGCACUGGACAGAUCCACGUCAUCCUGUGGGGAAGUUUGGCAGCCAUGACAACACUCUUGUUCCUCACCUUCCUCAUCUUCCUUUGCUCCAGCUGCAAUGGGGAAAAGAAGGCCAAAAAUCAGAAUGGAGAUCAUGAAAAUCUGAUGAAUGUGCCUUCCGAGAAGGAGGUGUUCAGCCAUUCCAUCACCAGCUCGGUUACGGAGCCUCCCCCGAACAGUGAACAGAACGGGGCCCUCAGCAACGGUGAGGUUCUUUCUGAAGACAGUACAGCUGCCUGUAUCCAGCCUUAUGAAGAAGUUCAGACAUCGGAUCUACUAGAUCAACAGGAUAGUCUUGGAAAGUCUAUAAAAUGUCACCAGAGCCGGGAACUACCCAGCAUUCCCCCUAACAACCCCAUGGAAACUAUAAUCUCAUCUAGAAAUGCAGAAAAUGAUCAAGGUCUUGGAAUGGAAGGGCCUUAUGAAGUCUUGAAAGACAGCUCCUCUCAGGAGAACAUAGUUGAAGACUGCUUGUAUGAAACUGUGAAGGAAAUUAAAGAUGUUGGAGCAGUAGUCAGCAUGGAAGGGAACUCAAACAGCAAAUCAAAGGCUUCACUGACAGUUUCUGAAGGUCAGAAUCAGAUUCCUGAGAACAGAAUUGAGUCAGCAGAAUAUGCAUCUGUUGACCGAAAUAAGAAGAGUCGCCAGAGUGCAAAUUCAGAAAGUCCUCUUGACAACAUACCAGAUGUAGAGGAUGAGCUUCCCCCUCCAGUACCCAUGAAACUUCUUGACGAAAAUGAAAAUGUGCAAGAAAAAGAAGUCAAAGAAGUGACAGAAGGAGCGAGUAAACCAGAAAAGAGGCUUAGUUCAGUGUCUUACAAAUCUCGAGAGGAAGAUCCAUCUCUUACAGAAGAUGAGAUCUCAGCCAUGUACUCAUCGGUGAGUAAGCCGGGACAGGCCAUCAAGGCACUGGAUUCUCCUUACACCUGCAUUCAAGAAAUUGCAUCUCAGAGGUCCCCGUCUGUUUGCAGUGGCCUCUAUGCAAGUGUGAAGGACUUUGAAAACACCCUAAAUUCUACCACUGUGCCUCAGUCAGUGGACAGACCAAACGGGGAGCUGGAGCCGGACUAUGAAGCCAUCCAGUCAGUGAGCCAAGAGGAAGACAGGACCUUGUCCGUGCCUAACAUAAACCACACUGCUCCUUCAGGAGAGAACGACUACGAGAGCAUAGGGGACUUGCAGCACCACAGGGAAUUCACCAGACUUUAACCACUCUGGCAGCAGAUUUCCCCGCUGUUAUUUUCAAAAGACAAGUGAAAUGUGGAGAGGGAAGUGUUUUUCCUGUGGAACACAAGUUGUGAAGAAGCAAUGUACGUUUCAGCCAGGGUGUGAUACCUGCUGGUUUUUCUGGGUGGUGGAUCAAGGCUCAUGGGAAAGGGUACGUCAGAUCAGAAAGAUGACCAGGACAAUGUAAAGGUUUCUUUAUUAUUAUUAUAAGCUCCAAGGCAAACAUAAUUUGGGAAGGAGUGCCAUGCUUGCUGUCCUGGUAGGAUUAUGUACCAAAAAGACUACCUUUACACAAAACUAGCUUCUCAUUUUAAGAGAUUAUUUUAUGUAAUUUUCUUCAAAGUGUUUUUCAAGCAUAAUUUUUCAUUCAAGUUUUGGCAUCCACAAUGUUGAGCAAACCACAGAAAAUUGUACCUCAACUCAGACUUACUUUGCAGGGCUGGGGAAGAUGCACUCAUUUCUGUGGCUUUACAUUCACUGCAACUAAAGUGCAAACAACAGUAGUUCACAAGGGACCGACUCCAAAUGCACUUGAACUAAUUCUGCUGGCUUUUUUCUUUUUUUUUUUUUUUUUUUUAAUGUCAAGGGCUGUGGAAUGUGACUUGCAGUAUUUGAGAUGUGUAGUGGUACUUGUAGGACUUUGAAAACACCCUAAAUUCCUAAAAACCUAAAGGGGUUUUGUUUGAUUAUUUGUGAAAUCCCCUUUUAAAAUGGCAGUGGUCACCCUUAGCAUUCUUGCACUGUUUCCCUCAAAUGGACAUAAAUACCUACACAUACACACCCAAGAUCAUUGUCAUGUUGUAAAAAUUGUGCAAAUGAAUGCAUUGGCAUAAUGUGUAGUCUAACCUUAGUAGCGUUGAGUACUUUUUUUUGCAGAAUUUUGCCCUUUUUAAAGACUUAAAUAUUUUAAUAUUUGUCUAGUUUCUUAUAUAGGAAAAAUUAUGUACUGUAUUGAAUGAGUAAUACUUUUAUUUUUUACAACAUAUUUUUCAUCACAGUUUUUGUAGAUUAACUUACUGGGGUUUGUAAUAGGAGGAAACCCAUUCUUUAUUUGGGCUUUAUUUGGUUUUGGUUGGCUUUUUCUUUUUUUUUUCCUAUUUCAAAAGUAGAUAAAUGAAAAUUGCUUUGGGGUUGUUUUGUUGGUUUUUUCUGUCUCCUUGAGCAGGGAAAUGGAUCAUGCCUUGCUGUUUUUAAGCUAAAACCAUGGAGUCUAUGUAAAAGAACACUGCCAAAGGGCAAAAAAAAGGCAAGAGACAGUGGGAUUUAGUCAGGCAUAGCCACUGGUCCUCUGUGUUCUUCUGCUAAAAGGAACAGGAGGGCAGCCAAGACCUACUUGGGCCUCUGACAAACAGUUUGAAAGCCACUGGCUUUUCAAAAAUGCCACAUUAUUCUGUUACUGUGAAAAACAAAGUACAGUGCUAGGAUGAAAUAAUCAGGUACUGGAUUGGUACCUUUUUCCUUUAAGAAUAAUACAGUAAAUAGUACAAUGGUACGAGAAUAGUCCAACAGUAAAGAGCUAGCAUUGUGUGACAUGCAUGUGCACAUAUCCCAAUGUAUAUAAGCAUACACUUGUAAUUUGGACACAAGUAUAAGUUAUAGUUCAAGCUUGGCAACAUUCACAUUCGUAAUAUCUGGCAUGUGCUUGAAGAGCAGUUUAUUUUUAAUUCAAAAUAAACAGUACAUAAACUGAGGUUGGCUUAUUCUGUAGUAAACAAAACAGGUUUACUUUGAGCUCAAUUGGUACUGGUUUUGAAGGUUGAGCCCUUCUCGGAUCCUUGGUCAGUUCUCAACAUGACUUGGUACUAUAAAGAGCAAACAUAGAUCUGGUUACAUACAUUUAUUAGAAAUAGUUUCAUAACUGAGAGAAGAGUGCUGAUUUACAGGCUUCGCCUGCAAGUAGUACAGCUCUGAGGAGCAAUGCAAUUGUGCAGUCAACCUCUGCCCAUGGGGGGGUUCAAACUUUGUGGCUCCUGACCUUGUGCAACAGUGCAGCACACUUGAUCUACAACUGUCUUCCUUGGAGGAGAAGAAGUGCAGACCACUCUACAUCCAUCCUGUUCUUGACCAUGCUGCCAUGUUUUGACAGCUGUAGCAAACCCUUUGCUUCCACUUCAGUGAUUUUUAAGGAUGACUGUGGUUCUGCUUUCUGGAGUUUUUCCCUUUAUAAAAAUUCUUGUUUGUUUCCUUGAAUGUUCUGUUCACCUUUGAAUGUUCUCUCAUUCUACUUCACACCGUUUAAGGCCAAAGAUAAGAUGCACCAUGUUUCAGAAGAUUUGUUAUAUUAAGUCUGGAGAAUUUCUUUAGUCUUUAACUAUGUGUUUGCUGUCUGUUCCUUGCUCAGGGGUACCAGUUUAUAUAUGUAGUCCUCAGUCUGACUCCUGCAGCUUAGUGGCAGGCAUACCUCAACUGAAAUUCCCAAAUACAUCUCAAGAUGUAGUUAUCCCUUUACAUGGAUGACUGCUUUUGGAGAAACAGUAGGAACUCAAGGUUUAUCAGGCUCACUAGAUUCAAUUUCAAGACCAAUUCAAAGAUAUCUUGAGACAAUGCCAGUUGAUAGCAAAGAAUAGCACUGAAUUCUUGAUUGUAAAUUUUAAGGUGCAAAAGAAGAAAAUCAAACAUCAUUCUGGAAAUACCCCCAUUGAGACCACCAGGUCAAAGGAUGGUGGAGGACUGUCCAGUCAUUCUGUUGUCUUUCUUAACCAGAUCAGAAAUGUUGCUUUGUGGGAAGGAACAGAAGUCCUUCUGUUCUUUCUUCUGUUCUGACAACUACUCCUAAGACCCCCUUAACUUCCCUUUUACACAAUGAAAGAAAAAUUUUCCUCCCCCUCUCUUUUUGCACUGGGAGCUGGUACUGUGUCUGCAGACCUGUGGCAGUGGCACAUUCCUUCCUGUUUAAAUGACUUCCAGGAUGGUCACAACCUUUUAAUGGUCCAUCAGACCUCAGUCUCAUGGAGAAGCAGUUCACAUUUUGGAUUGCUGCUUUUGGGAUGUGUACCUGCCCUCAGCCUUGAGACCCACACACACUGGACUUAAAAGCUGCAAAAGAGAAUUACCCUUCUGAACAAGGAUGUAUGGGGGAGUCCAUAAUUCCCCUGCAUUCUCCAUCAUGUAGUCUAAUGCUAAAGGAAAAUGUUUUAGAAUUCAGUCCAAGUUUGGUAAGUGAGUAUUUACAUUUCUUGACAAAGAAUCAAGGUUCUGGUUUAGUUCCCUCUUCCCAGAAGUAACACCUAUUCCUUUAUGACUGUUGUCAAUGCUUCCUUUUCAUUAAUAUAUUUGAUAGAAAGAUUUUUUCCAGCAGUAAUCGCCAAAGAGAUUAAUCUGACUGUAAAGAAAAGGGAAUCUCUUCUACUUGUCUCUUUACUGCUCUUUUUAACUCUUUCACCAUAUCCCUAAAUAAAUGUCAACAUCCAAAAUGAAGUAUUUGUUACCUGGUGAUGUUUUCUGGGGAAGCUUCAUAGUCUAUUUCUUUGCCUCCUUUUUUUGGCACAACUGUACAGUAAGAUCUCACAUCAAAUUGCCACAGUAAGGCCAACAUAAGCUGUAAUGUGUAUAUAACUGCACUAGUGAAAAGGUCUUUUUGAUUUCCCUCUGGGAACUGGCAGAAAAUAGGAAAUGCAGUUCAGACGUCUCUUCAUGAAUCUGUGUCUUCCAUGGCAGCUGUUCUUACCACACACCUAAACCAGUGCUAAUCCAAUAUGUAAACCAGUCAUCCAGUGCAGAAUAACUUUCUCAGUCACAGAGAGAAAUAAACUCUUUGCAGAUACCUGUAGCAUGGGCAUGUACCUAAUUACCACAGUUAGAUCAGUUAUAGUGCCUUUUCUACUAAGCAGCUAAUACUUCCAUAUUCUCUUCCAUACUGUAUGUGUUUAAUUCAAAAGUACAAAGGGACAACCCCAACGAUUACUUGUCCCAACUUGGAAACAUCUUUAUAGAGACACAUUUAAUGUACUGGACCUCAGUUAGCCCUACAAUAGCAAUAGUCACUCACAAACACUAAAUAGUCACUCACAUCCACUAAGAAGCCCGGUAAUGUAGCUAUGAUGACUAAGCUUUGCAAUAAGAAUUACCAGUCUUCUUUUGAAGAACCUAGGUUUUACAAUAGCAAGCAUUCAGGGAGGUCGUGUUCAUGUCAACUGUGAACAAUUUGUUGCUUCAGUCUUUCUAUUAAUAUAAAUUGCAGGCUUGCUUACAUGUAGCAGGAUCCAUGGAGUGAGGGAUGAGUAGGUGUGGGGAUUCACUGUCAUAAGUAACCCAGAAUUGGGUCAUCCCCAUAGUUAAGUGGCUGAUGACCAGCUGCCUUUUCUCCAAGCCCUCAUCUAUUGUGCCUUCAAGGAAUCUAUCCUGCGGGGCUGCAUGCUUCUCCAUGGCUCCCUGAACAGCUCCUGUCCGCUGUUUUGAACACAAUUCUGUACACGCGGUGCUCUCAGUUCAACCUUUCAAUGGUGCUUUUAUAAGAUGCUGGAUAAAUGAUUUGCAUGUGUAAAGCUGUGACACAGAAUGCUCUCUCUGGCAUUGUCUGUUUUCCAGAACUUGGCGUUACUGUGCUGCUCUUGACUACAAAAGCUGACAGUGCUGCCCUGUCUCUUGCUCAUCUCACCACAACCAGGGUGGAGCCACCACAUGUGCCAGCCCUGCCUAGGCUGGGACACGAGUGUUUAAAAGCAGCCAUUCAGGCCAGGUGACUUGGCUUGGAAGCAGCUACAGACAGGACUCUCAUCUGUGCACUGUGGGACUGGAAACAUCAUAGCCCAGCUCAAGGACUUCAUUUCUGUCUCCUAUUGUGCAUAUACGUUUGUUUGCCACAUGACUGUAAGAAAUCUGUUUCUCUAUCAAACAUUUCAAUUUGGACCACACUCCAGUGAGGGACUCUUGGUCUUAGGAAAAUAACCAGUUAUUUCAGAUGAGUUUUAUUUUUUGAGGUUGAAGUAUGCCUGAAUAAGGCUUUUACGUGCCUCACAAAUAAUUUGGUGUGGUAGUCUGCUGCAAAGCAGAAGAGUGCAGAAAGAUGCUUAGCCUGACAGAUGCUCCUUUGGUGGUGUGCUGAAGACUUUCAAGGGAAGGUCUCUUCCUGGGAGAAGGGAACAUAAUUACUGUUAAUAAGAUUUCAUAUCCUGGUGCUGAAGUUGAUUUGUAGCAUCUCUUCUGGGAUGGUGGUGGCUGAAGCCAUUGCCAGAGCAUAUCUCAGCUUCAGAAAAGAAAAUAUAUAUAUAAUAUACCCCUUGCUGGCAAGCAACGUGUGUUCAGGAUUAUGUUAAAUACUGCAAAUGGAACAUCACAGAGCUAAAAAUACAUGGUUCCCUUUCUUUAAGGCGAGACAAUCCCCUUGGCUGGUCAGCAUAAAAUAUCCCAGGCUUACAAAACUUAAUUACCUAUUUGGUGAUUUUCCAGAAGUGCAUUAGAAUAUCACAUACAGUAGGCACUGUUCUUUUCUCCUGAACAGGAGAAAAAUGACAACUUAUUUGUAAUACAAGGUUCCCACUGAUUAAUUGAUAAAACUUAAUUUACAUAUAAUCAAAAGGUCAGCAAGAGUGUCUACAUAAAUGUAGAUACAUUUUAGCUCUGCCACCCCAAUUUCCAUAGAAAUGCACAGAUUAUAUUUGCAUUACAUACCCAUUAGUCUGUGCCCAGUCUAUGGAUAAUAUAAAUCUUACAGUUCUGUUUUUACAAGCUGCGAGGUUUUGUUUCUGGAGGCCUUCAGUUUUAAAUUGGCCAGGACAGUCACAAUAAAUAUGAUAGCAAAGUGCCUAAAAAUAUGGAUGUUUCUGAAAAGGUAAAGAUGCUCACUGUUAUUGCACAGCCACUUGACUACUGUAUGUGGUGCUCUCUUGCCAUACACAUUCCUAAAUAUUUGCUUUCAUUUGUGGUGUUUGUUUAUUGUUAUAAUAGCACAGUCUGAAAAGGGUUUUGUUUCUGCAAAUUCAUUGGCUAAUUUUAACUAGCAUGUAUUUGUACAGAAAAUACAAUUUUUUUGUUGUUGUUUAGAAAGCAGGUACGUUAUUUCUUAUAGUUUAUGAUAAUGCAACAAUCAGCUUAGAUAAUUUAAAAGGUAUGUAAGUAUCACUUGACUUCAGAAUGCUUCAUUUGGGAUUUCAGAAUGCCUUCUGUUCACUACAAGACAAUAUAACCAACUCUUAUCCUUUUAAUCUUGCUAUAUUGAGGAGGGGGGCUUAAACCUUACAAAUAAUAUUAAAAAAAAAAAAAAGACAGUUCUGAUGUUUUCAAUUCCUAAUGUCUAAGAAAAUAACAAUUUUAACUCAUAUUUUAACUUCCAGCAUAGGUGGGAUUUGGACUACCCUCUUAUUUAUGGAACUGCUCUUCCCCACUAUGUUCAUCUGUCACCACCUGAGAAUCUCUUUUGUCCUUAGUGAAAUAUAACAGUUGUACAGAGGGCACAAAACUGCAUCACAUUAACAAUUCUGAAUGGGACCUUUUCAAUGUGCCUGUGAGAUUUAGAAGCCUGGACUUAAGUCUGAUGUUUUGGGGUAAUCGCAUCCUGUCUAGAGGACAUCUGUGGAGGUCUUCACUAUCUUUCCAAGCAAGAUAUUCUGUAGCUUGCAAGCACACACAUGACUUUCAAAGACACAUAUAAGAUGUUAAUUUUCACAAUGUUUAAAUGUAUUAUUAAAGAGACAUCUAAGAGCACAAGAACCUGCUUUCUCACAUUCUGAGGAUAUUGGAAUUUGGUCUUUGUAUCUGAGAUUGAGAAAGGUCACAUACCCAGUCUCCUCAGAGCAUCCUACCAGCAGACAGGUCUUUGAAAUGAGCCACUGUGGUGGCUCCUCUGUUUCUUCAUGGAUGUACCACCUUCAUGAUUUCCAGCAGGGCUCAUCUCAUCAUCUCAUCUCAUCUCAUCUCAUCUCAUCUCAUCUCAUCUCAUCUCAUCUCAUCUCAUCUCAUCUCAUCUCAUCUCAAUCUCUGUGGUGAUGACUACUUCAAAAUGGCCCUUUGCUUCACAGUCCCAACCCCUUUAACUUAAGGAAGGGGAUGUGAGCUGCUUCUCCUCAGCCUAACCGGUCUUUCUGGAUGAAAGCAUGCUAAGAGCCCACCUCCAGACUCACAAAAGAGCAUUCACUGUCAGCUCUGUCAGGGUAAGACAGGUACAGCCCACUGCAGAAGCUAGGAAGAAAGAUAAAGUAACAAUAGCUAAGUUCCAUUUGUACUUCCCCCAGAAGUUUUGAAAGAUUUUUAAAGUAGAAACAUUUACAGUAAAGGGAAGAGUUGCUGAGAGUCUCACAAGAGAUGGAUAACAUUGUUUAUUCUUCUUAGUAUUCCCUAUAUACAGAGACGAGCAAGUCAUCACUACCCAACCAUGAUGCAGCUGGAUUAUCUUUUAUCAAGCCUCCAUAUCAACAGAAUGGAAAUGAAUAAAUUCUAAAUACCUGGUUUUGUUCUAUUAGAAACCACACAUGGACAAUAGUACAUGCACUAAUGUCAGCACUAUGUGUAGAUCUGGACUUGAAUUAUAUGGGUUUUUAGCAAAAAACAAAACCAAAACCCAAAGGAACAAAAACCCAACUCUAACUGGAGUACUUUGUUUAAAUAGAAUUAUUUGCAUGCGCCAAGGCUGCAAGAUUGGGCCUUAAGAGUUUAGAAGUUUGGUUUAAAAGUUAGGCAUUUUUGUUUGUAUUUUCAGUUAAAUGUAUUUUCUAUUUUUGAUGUUAGUGAGUUGGUAUGACUUUCAUAAGAACAACAAAAAAUAGUCAGUUAUAUGGAUAAUUAUGUCUAAUCACUAAUUAUUAAAAUCAUGCCUCAGUAGGAGUCACUUAAAAUUGGGUGUUAUAUGAGCUUCAGCAUAAAAUUGCUUUACAUAUGGAACACUGCAUACUAAGAACAUAGUGGAUAAGAAUUUGUAAAUAAAGACACUUGUCUAUUUUAUCCAUUGUUUUAUAAUGGAAAAAAUACGUGCUCCUGGAAUAUCUCUGAGCAAAGUUCUCUUACAUAGUGUUCUCGCAACAAAAAGUGUUUUCUGGACAACUAUUUGAGUCUCUAAUCCCCAACACAGAACAAAACAAAUCCUCAAAACAGUAUGAGCUUGUGAAAAGAGAAGCUUAGGCCUGUCCUGGCUAUCGUAGAGUGGAUAUAAUUGAAUAUCCUGCAAAGCGAAGCUCUGUGGGCAGUGAGAGCAGCUCAGUGAUUCAACAACUGUGCCAUAAACACAGUGCAUGGAGCCAGUGCAUGCAGACUUCUGAGAUGGCAUUAGCUAAGGCUUGUUUGCUACAUGAAGGGUUGUUUGGCUUGCUACCUGUUUGAAAUUGGAAUACUUCUAUCAACACCACUGCAAACACUCAAAAUACUGUAGUUUUGCAGAAUGUAUGUUCCAUAAAUAGUAGUUUAACUGUAAUUGCAGGGCUUAUCCUACCGUUAGAGCAGUUCAGAUCCAACACUAAAUUGCAUUUUGUAAAUUUAAAAAUGCCAUUAAAUUCCUCUCAAUAUUUUGUAAUAGUAUACACAAGUUGAUGUCAUUUAGUCAUACCUUUGUUCCAAGAAUCUUCAUCAGAUAUUUCUAUAGCCAAUUCAGCUUUUGGCUGCUGAAAGCACAGUAGGCAAUUAUGGUUAUUUACUGUAAAUGUAGAAAGUUUUAUGUAAAUAUUUCUGAGGGAAAAAUGUUACAUGAACAUAUGAAGCAGUUAUCUAAAAGUAAGAACAUAGGUCAGUAAUAAAAAAUUCAGGUUUUAUUUAUGUACAGUAGCAUCCUAAUAUUUACUUGUUUAUAUGCAGAAAAAAAUCAUAUGAUUCUGUACUGUAUUCUCUGAAUGCGUUUAAAAGAGGGUCUGCCAUUUUCACUGGUUAUUUUAUUUGCAAAUAACUCGAAUUUAUUGGAAAUCCAUGUAAAUUAUGUCAAAUGGGAAACAUGUUACAUUGCAAUGAAAUUAAUUUAAUUCAAAAAUCCUGGAAAAAAUCAUUGGAUUAAAAUCUAUAUAUAAAUUUAAUAGCCAGACAGAAUAAACCACAAUAAAUAA